UAUGAAGCGACCUAGAUCCUAAAACUCCUGCAAACUGACGGCUUCUCCUGAAUCGGCCUCUUAUCCACGCAGGCGCAGAGAGGCGGAGAAAUCAGGAUGCUGCCCUCAGCUGCAGUUUUUUAUUUCCCCUGGGAAAUAAACUCUGGAAGCGUGGAGGAAGGACAAUCAGUCAGAACAUUUGGCAGACUUGUAUGCUAUCAGCCCGAGGAGUCCAGGGCUACGCUGUCAACACAGCAUGCUUCUAAAGAGCACUGUGUGGUUGUCCACACCUUGUUUGUGGAGCCCUUCAACCCAAUAACUGGAGCCCAGUACAUUGUGCUGGGUGAGAUAGAAAAGGAUGAGGGCGUCGGUGCAAUGGUCCGUGCCCGUGUGCUGAACUGUGUUGACGGUGUAAACAUUGCCCUUCUGCAGAAAGCCAUCACUGAACAAAGAAACUUCUUCACAGAGAGGGAACGCAAACAGGGUGCACAACCUGCAGAUGCAACGUGAUUGGGGACUUCAUUCAUCUGGUUUCUCAAGGUGCUCUUUGGUCGUCAGAGCUGCAGUGAUGCCCCGUAAGCUGCUGUGCUGUCUGAACAGUGAACGUAAUCGCUGUUUAAAUUUGCGUAAAAGACACAAGUUCACUUCUGAGAGUUUACGUGACUGUCCUGUGAUCUGGGAUUUUCCUGCACUUGAUCAUGGGAUUGCUUUUUAACAGCUAAAGCCUCAAAUUAGUGAGGCAUUAUUAGAUUUUCUUGUAGGAUCAUUAAAGAGUUAAAACAGA